AUAUGGAAGAAUGCAUUUGAAAAACAGUGAAAAAGUGGAACAUCUCAAACAACAUGAAGCUGUAUGAUGUAGCACUACUUGGCGCAGGAAAUGUAGGAAAGACUGCUUUGCUGCACUACCUAAGAGAGGAAACAUUUCUGGCCGAAUACAGCCCAACGAUUCAAGAAAACUACAAUACAAUUGUAAACCUUGAAGACGGACAAUCUCUUCUUGUGAAUAUUUUGGACACAGCAGGAUUUUAUGAGUUCCCAAUGAUGAGGGAGAGUAACAUACGAUCAACAGAGGCAUUCAUGGUUGUUUUCGCCCUUGAUGACCAAGAAUCAUUUGAACAAGCCAUCUCUAUAAAAAGGCUAAUAGACAGCAUUAAAGGUGACACAAAAUCUACUGUCUUGCUGGUUGGGAACAAGAAUGAGGCAUCGCAAAAACGAAGAAUUCCUUCUGAAGUGAUCUUAAAAGCAGCAGCUGUACACUUUAAGGGAAAUUACAUAGAGACAAAUGUUACAGAUGGUUGUAACGUACUGAAGGCAUUUCAGACAGUUUGCAGAGCAUUAACACCAAGAAGCAUGCGAUCUCGUUCACAAUCUGAACCAAAUAAAUUGAUGACAUAUUUGAGACAGAAACUGAACAAGAAAACAUUUCAGAAAGGCUCUUUAGAGCUCAUAAAAGACAAUUCCUCUCAAGUUGUUAGUAAUGAAUAUGAAGACAUUUUAGGUAUGAACAUUAAACAAAAUGCAACACCUAAAAAGCCACUGGUAGCGAUGAAAUCCUUCUCCUUUGAUGGUCCAUUAAAUAUCGCUCAAUUGGGACUUAACAACACACCAGAAGACAUGAUCAACACUGACACAAAUCAGGUUUCUGAAGAAAACAAAACAAAGGGAAAACCGAAAACAAAAAAUGUAUUUUCAAAACUUGUACAUAGAAUCAGUAAGCAAAAGUUACUGAGAACAAAAAGUUUCAUUUAAAGACUUUACAAAUAAAUAACAUUGUGUAAAGAUAUUACUUGGGAGAGCAGAUCUCCUACAUUAUUGUGCGUAUACACCCAGAUAAUGUUUUGCAUAUGUAAUAUGCUGUUUUUUGGUUGGGUGUUUGCAUGUUUAACAAUGUCAUAUAACUAUUUUAUAUUUUCAUAUUUUUUAUUAUUUUCCUAUUCUGUAUAUACACUUUAACACACAUAUACACUAUACUAUAACUUUAAAAACUUAAAUAAUUUAUGUACUCAUCUUAAAGUUGAAAAUAAAGAAACAUAAACACUGUGUGAAUAAAAACUUAAUGUAAAUAAAAUGAGUUAUUUUCAAUAAACAAAAAUUUAAGCAUAAAAAUAAUAUAUAUGUUAUUGUUUUACAUACACAGAGAACAUGUUAGCUUAUAAUAAAAAAUCAAAC